AUGACUGCCCCAUCGCUCGGGGCAGACCCCCUCGUCCUGCUGCCCCCCGAGAUCGUCCUCCGCAUCCUCGACUUCACCCCUAUCUCCGCCCUGGCAUGCCUGACGACCGUCUCCAAGGCGUGGCACCAAUUCAUCGACGGAACCCACCAAGAAGCCAUCUACAGUGCCGAAUCCAAAACCAAUCAACCGGCCGGAGGAGUGCGAGACUUCUCAUUUUUGUCCGACAAUACAAGCUUCGCGAAAUUGUUCGAGGGGACGGCGUCAUGGAAGGACCUGUGUAAGCGUCAGACGCUGCUGGCUCGCAACUGGGCUCAGUCGCACCCUGUGAGCCGCGAGUCGGUGCUGCAAGUGGGCAACGAUCCCGUGUGGCGAUUCCGGGCCGACUUCAAGCGUCGCUUCUUCAUCUCGACCUCCCAGGCAGGCGGACUGAGCGUUACCGAUAUGGAUACGGGCCACAUGCUCUGGCGACUCCCCUCCACGCUGGAUCGUGACGAGGACGCCGUGCGCCCCUUCGCGCAUCUCGAGUAUCAGGACGGCAUGGCCGUGUUCGAUCGGGAAGGGGAUGCCGUGGAGGUCUGGCAGGCGGAUCAGGAGGGUGCCGCGCGCGGGGAGUUCCGUCGCAUCGCCAUUCUGGACCACGAUUGUCAGACUCGGGGCUUUCAGCUAUCGCAUUGGACGCUGUGCGUGGUGUCCACCCAGGGGCAGGGCUUCGUCUAUGAUAUGACACAGCGACCCCCGACGCGGAUCACGCACCUACAAAUCGAACAUGACGCCGUCGGCCACUUGGACCAGAGUGCGGACGUUGUUAUUUACUCCAUGGGCCCGCGGGGAUACCAUGCCUACGAUAAGAAGUCGGGCGAAUUCCUGGGCGCGUUGCAUCCUUCGCAUUGUACCGAAAAGUAUCACAUCCGCCCCCCGGCGGCUGCCGCUCCCUCCCCAAGCGCAGCGUUGGAGGCUGCCGUGCGUCACGGCCCUACCCAUGAGUUGUUCCGGCCCUGGGAACCUCGCAAUGACUGCCUGGUGCCGAUCCAGCUGGCCAAGGGCCCGCUUUCGCCGCCAUCCGACCCGGAACACGUGUGGCACGCCGAGGACGAAUGGGGCGCCGGCAUGCUACACGGUGACCUGUUCGUGGGCUUUUCGCGCGCCGGACGAGUAUUCGUCUGCUCGGACUGGCGCAAGGCCCUCUCCGGCCCCGAUAGUCUGGCGGCUCACAGCGCCCUGCUGGAAUGCGAGACGGACGGGGCCAGCUUCGACCUGGGUGGUUGGUUAUCGGUGCGCAACCAUCGCAUCAUGUUCGAGAUCCAGGAUCGCAUCUACGUCGUCGCGCUCGAUGACGAGAACCGCGUACAGGAUGUAGAUCGACCGGCCCGUGCGUCGUACUCGCUGCUGACGAGUUCCAUGCCCCAAUUGGCAGUCCCCGUCAGUUUCAUGGCCUUGUAUGACGACGCCAUUAUGGCCACCUAUACCGUGCGUACUCCCCUAAUGCACUUGUCCCCUUGA